UCCACAUCCAGUCUUUUAUUCUCCUCCAUCCUUACCUGCUGCAGCUGCAAGACGAACAGUAAAAGCGGGAAAAUGAACCAGAAGGUGGUCCUCAUAACUGGCUGCUCCUCUGGGAUUGGGCUCGCUUUGGCUUGCCGCAUUGCAAAAGAUGAAAAGAAAAGGUUUAUGGUCUAUGCAACCAUGAGGGACCUGCACAAGGCUAAGCCACUGAUAGAUGCGGCUGGUCGGACACUGGGCAGAACCUUGGAGAUCAAGAAGCUGGAUGUUUGUGAUGAGGAUUCCAUCAAAGAUUGUAUUGACAGCCUACCAGAACGCAGGGUGGACAUCCUCAUAAGCAAUGCAGGGAUGGGCCUGAUCGGACCCAUUGAAUGUCAGUCUAUUGAUGAGAUGAAGACGGUCAUGGACACAAACUUCUUCGGACUUGUGCGAUUGCUGAAGGAAAUCCUACCCGACAUGAAAAAAAGGAAGAAAGGCCACAUCGUGGUCAUUAGCAGCGUGAUGGGCAUUCAAGGGAUUUUGUUCAACGACGUCUACGCAGCAUCCAAGUUUGCAGUGGAAGGUUUUUGUGAGAGCCUGGCUAUACAAGCCUUGAGAUUUAAUCUCAACAUCAGUUUGAUUGAACCAGGCCCGGUGCUGACAGAAUUUGAACGAAAGGUCUAUGACGAAGGUGUGAAGAUCGAUCUCAGCAAAGCUGACAAACCAACUGCUGAUAUGUUCACAAACAUCUACCUGAAGAACUACAAGCAAAUCUUUGAAACCCUUGGACAAAGUGCUGAAGACAUCGCAGAGCACACACUAAAGAUCAUCACCAUGGAGAACCCGCCUUUUCGCCAUCAGACAAACACACUUUACACCCCCAUGACAACACUCAAAUAUGCCGACCCCAAUGGUGACCUUCCAAUUGACACAUUUUACAAGAUGGUGUUUGAGCACGACAAAGUCUUCAACGCUAGCCUUAACUUCCUCAAACUUCUGCGCUGGAGAAGUCGCAAGAGUUUCACCCUGGAAAAAGACAAGAACUGAGUGUUUCAGGAUUUUAAUUUCAAAUGCAAAAUACAUCAGUGGUUCAGAAUUUAAAAUUACAUUUUGAAAAGCCUUCUACAGAAGUAGUAUUUGAAUUGAGAGAGUAUAUGUAUUUGAAGGCAAUCUUAAAUAAAAAAGGUUUGAGAAGUGUGUAAAUUUUGAUGCAUGAGAACUGCUUAAACAGUUAACACAGUGGCGAAUUCCACUGUGUUAAUUAAAAUUCACUUUAAACAUGUUUAAAUCCCACUUCUACCAUCUUUUGAUCUAUUGUAAAAUUGUUCCCAGUUAUAUUUUUCUGUUGCUCUCAAUAAGCUGGCUAGCUUCUGUUAAAAAAUCCAAAAUUAUUAUUUAAACGAAUUAACUAACACUAACAACAAUAUUUAUCAUAAUUUCAAAGGAAGUUCUAUUUCUUUAUUAAUUUUUCUAUGCCACUAAAUAAAGAUCAUUGUGAGAGAAACUA